UUUCUUUCUUCUGUUUUGAGAGAGGGUCAAGUAAUCUUGCUUAGGAUUAAGUGUGUUUUUUUAAUUUAUUUAAAAAAUUAAUUAAUCCAUCUCAGCGAAGGCUCUUACGUUAGAUUUUCCAAAUUUUACUUACCAAACUCGCACAAGACAAACCCUAACCCUAGCUUUAUCCCUAAUUUUGGCCAUUAUUACCGUCAGGACUUGAGGUUAAAGCCACCCCCACCACCAAAUGCCCAGGGGAGGCCAAGUUGCAUAAGUUUCUCAAACCUUUCUUACCAGACAUUUGGUUCAGAGACCAAACUCUAAAGCAUGUUAUUUACAAGAUGCAGCUUCAUUUCUACCCUCCUCUCAGCAGCGCCCCAUCUACUUCUCCACCAUCCGAGCCUGAUUUAACAUCCUUUCACUCCGUUUCCUUCGACCCUUCCGCACCAGAUUACACCUCCCUUCUCUCCGACGAACUCCUCCUCAAUAUACUCUCUAAGCUUCCCAUCUCUCAACAUGUCUCUAAUUCCUUGGUCUGUAAACGUUGGCUGCACCUUCACGGCCGAUUGGUGUACUCCCUUAAAGUUGCAGAUUGGUCCUUUGUUACUUCGGGUCGGGUAUUUACCCGGUUUCCCAAUCUCACCGAUUUAGACCUCGUUCGUUCGUGUAUUCAGAUGCCGAAGAGCUCUGGCAUUAUCGUAACCCACAAGACUAUGUCGGUUCAUGUCGAUACUCAUUUCAUUCUCGACGGAUUUCUCGAAGAAACGGCGUUGUUGCCAUCGAAUGCGGUGGACCAAGGGCUUAGAAUGAUAGCCGGAAAGUACCCGAAUUUACAGAGAUUGGCGGCGACCGGGGCAAGCGAAGAAGGGUUGUUGAGAAUAGCAGAGGAGUGUCCUACAUUGCAAGAAUUGGAGCUUCAUUGCUGCGGGGAUUUGGCUUUGAGAGGUAUUGCAGGGAUUAAAAAUUUACAGGUAGUGAAGCUAAUGGGGUUCAUUGGUGUGUUCUACAAUUCAACGAUUUCAGAUAUUGGGUUAACGUUAUUGGCUCAAGGGUGUAGAAGGUUAGUUAAGCUCGAGCUUUGUGGGUGUGAAGGUAGCUAUGAUGGGAUUAAGGCGAUAGGACAAUGCUGCCAAAUGCUCGAAGAAUUGACCCUUUCUGAACAUAGAAUGGAUGGUGGGUGGUUAGCUGGGCUUUCGUUUUGCGGGAAUUUGAAGACUCUGAGGCUUAGGUCUUGUAAAAGUAUUGAUAAGAGUCCAGGGGCGGAUGAGCAUUUGGGGUCCUGUUUGACUCUUGAAGAGUUGCAUCUGCAGGGCUGUCAAAUUCGGGACAAGCAAAGUGUUAAAGCUUUGUUUUUGGUUUGCGAGAAUGUUAGGGAUAUUGUGUUACAUGAUUGUUGGGGUUUGGAGGACGAUGUGUUUAGCCUUGCAAGUAUUUGUAGGAGAGUGAAGCUUCUUUCUCUCGAAGGAUGCUCGUUGCUAACUAUCAGAGGUCUGGAGUUGGUAGUGCUUUCAUGGAAAGAGCUUCAACGAUUGAGAGUGAUGUCGUGCAACAAUAUCAAGGAUACUGAAGUCACACCUGAACUGGCAACCUUGUUUUCUGUCCUGAAAGAGUUGAUAUGGAGACCAGAUUCUCGUUCUCUGCUAUCAUCGAAUCUUGCAGGGACCGGAAUGGGAAGGAAAGGUGAUAGAUUCUUCAAGAGAUCAAAGGAUUGAUUGUGCUGCCUAUUUCCAUACAUCUAGGUUUGAUGUAGUUAAUGCACAUAUGAACCAAAUAGUAGUAGUAGCUGCAAAGAAAAUGCGAUAGAAACACGACCCUUGGGAUUCUACAAUCACCAUCCAUGCUAGUAGUGUAGAUGGUGAAGCAAGUAUUACUUUGAUAAAUGUGUUUUUGGUGCCUGGGAAUGUUGUACCGUGUAAUUUUUCAUUGAGGUUAGAUUUUUUAAUUUUAUUAACAAGUAGAGUCAUCUGACUUGUUAGUUGAUGUAAAACACAAGGGUUAAUGAUGUAGUUUACACAGUUUUAUGCUCUUUGUUCAAACUCACUGUAAUUAGGAUCUAUUUGAUUACCUUUAUUUAUGGAAUAAAUGAUCUUUUAUUUAGGAUCAAUGUUAGAGAUGC